AUGGGCCUCUCAGUUUACAGUUCAGUGCUGAACAUGGGCCUCUCAGUUUACAGUUCAGUGCCGAACAUGGGCCUCUCAGUAUACAGUUCAGUGCCGAACAUGGGCCUCUCAGUUUACAGUUCAGUGCUGAACAGGGGCCUCUCAGUUUACAGUUCAGUGCUGAACAUGGGCCUCUCAUUUUACAGUUCAGUGCUGAACAUGGGCCUCUCAGUUUACAGUUCAGUGCUGAACUUGGGCCUCUCAGUUUACAGUUCAGUGCUGAACAUGGGCCUCUCAGUUUACAGUUCAGUGCUGAACAUGGGUCUCUCAGUUUACAGUUUAGUGCUGAAUAUGGGCCUCUCAGUGUAG